CCCAGGAGCCAGACGCGCCAGACCUUCCCAAGAUGGCGGCGGCGGCGCGCAGGGGGCGGGGUUCCGCCGCCGGGGGCGGGGCAGGCCAGCCAAGGGGUCGGGCUUGCGGGCGGGCCCCACCGAGGUGGGCAGCCCCAGCGCGCCUGCGCGGAGCGGCCCUGCGCGCAGUGAGGCAGUGGCGGGGGAAGGCACCGGCGGGGCCGACAGGAGGCUUGAAGGAGGGAAGCGGGCGAGCGGAGUCCCAGCGCGCGCCGCGGCCGCCCGGGCGCCCUCCCCUUCCGGGCGUGAGGCGCCGUGUGGAGCCGAGCGGACCCGCCGCCCCAGCCCGGCCCUGCCCCGGCUCCAGCGCUCCCGUCGCGGGGGCCCGCGUUCCUCAGCACACCCGGCUCCAGGCGCCCCCAGAGCCUGCCCCCGGCCCUCCGAAAGCCCCGGCGCCGGCCCGGGCCCUCGGCGGGAGGAUGACGGAGCUGCAGUCGGCGCUGCUACUGCGAAGACAGCUGGCAGAACUCAACAAAAAUCCAGUGGAAGGCUUUUCAGCAGGUUUAAUAGAUGACAAUGACCUUUACCGAUGGGAAGUCCUUAUCAUUGGUCCCCCUGACACACUUUAUGAAGGUGGUGUUUUUAAGGCUCAUCUCACUUUCCCAAAAGAUUACCCCCUCCGGCCUCCUAAAAUGAAAUUCAUUACAGAAAUCUGGCACCCAAAUGUUGAUAAAAAUGGCGAUGUAUGCAUCUCCAUUCUUCAUGAGCCCGGCGAAGACAAAUACGGGUACGAAAAGCCAGAGGAACGCUGGCUCCCUAUUCACACUGUGGAAACCAUCAUGAUCAGUGUCAUUUCCAUGCUGGCAGACCCGAAUGGAGACUCCCCUGCCAACGUGGAUGCUGCGAAAGAAUGGAGGGAAGACAGAAAUGGAGAAUUCAAAAGGAAAGUUGCCCGCUGUGUAAGAAAAAGCCAAGAGACUGCUUUUGAGUGACAUUUAUUCAACAGCUGUGACUUCACUUACUUCAGGGGUCUCCAACUGAGAAACACGGCACUGUUUCCCUGCACUCUACCCACCUAUCGCUGGACUUCUGUCGUAACAAGUUGGCAGACACUGGCUGGAAGUGGGCUGCGAUAGAACAUGCCAGUAUCAGUGCUGACACAAGAGCCUAACAAGUGCCAACUUACAGAUGAUUACGCAUUUUGAAUUCUAAUGAACUGUUUUAACCUUCAGGAAGAAUUGUAAAGACCUGUACAUAGCACAACAUGAUCCGGAUAAUAUAUAUACUAUUCAUGUACAUCCACAGAUACACCUUGUACCAAAUAAUGCUUUCUUGUAGUAGAAUAAGAAUCGUGUAAAUUCUAAAAGAUUUUAGCAGGUUUUCUUUCCCUAUUCAUUGCUUCUUAUCAGUUUUAAAAGACUCCUUAAAGCAUGUCAGAUGAAAAACAAUUAGGAUUACAAGUUUCCAUUUAAUUUCCUUUAAACCAUUGAGGCUUCAUUAAACUCUUUUCACUUACUAAACUUUUGUAUCUUCUUUGUUUUGACACACUCCCCUUUGCUUUUAUCUCUUCUAUCUGCCAGAAAGUUUUCAAAUCAUUUAGUUCCAAUACUGAAAUACUUAAUAAGCAACUACUUGAUUUUUAAUGAUGACUUCAGAGGAGUGGUCAUCACCAGGUGCUUUGUCCUUUUGUACCCUAGUUGUACCGUCUCUUGGGUUGGUUGUAGCAAUAACAUGUUUUGGCUGUUGAGAGCUCUUGAACUCAGUCAUUAUCCCUGAGAACUAAAAAGAGUCAGUUCAGAAUCCAACUUAACUGAAAUUUGCCCCACAUGGUGCAGAAGUCUGGUUUGGUUUUGCUUUUGCCCCCCAGUUCCCUGCCAUUAAGGUCGGGUGGGUUACGGUGUGCACUGCGCAGGCUUUCUGCGUCACUUGCAGGUUUGCGAGGACAGACGCUGUUGACCCCGUGUCCCCUUCUCCUGAGCCCUUCGUGUUUCUUUGCCUCUACUCUUCUAUACUGCAGGUUUUUUCUCACUUAUUGUACAAAGAAAUUGCGAUGUAUAUUUUCAUGUAAUUUGAUUUUGGAAUUCUGUCACCUUAUGUAGUGAGUUCUUCCAAAAUACAAUUUUUUUCCAAUAA